UGUUAUGCGUGUGGCGAAUAUAUUUUUGUUACACAGCCGAAUUUUACUAGUACAUUGCUAUCUGCGUAUUGUCUUUACUUUAAUAUUUCUCCAGAGAACUUAAGUGAAUCGUGGACGCCAAAUGUCUUAUGUAACACGUGCAAAACUGGAUUAACAAUGUGGAUGACAAGCGCAAAACGAUACUUAUCAUUUGAUGUACCAACAAUUUGGCGACAACCAAUGUGUCACGAAGUUGAUUGCUACUUCUGCUUGACUAAAAUAAAGCAACAUCGACGUCAUAAAACAGUUGAAUAUGCACAUAUAAACUCCAUGUCAAAACCAGUUCCACAUUUACUCUCAGUUAAAUAUCAUGUUUGCCCCAAAAGGAAAAAAGAAUAUAGUGAAUCGCCAGAAUCCAGUAAUCAUGCCGAGUGUAAGACUGACAUUAGUUUUAAACUUGAAAAAAUUCCGAAGCUUUUUACCCAAACUGAACUUAAUGAUUUAAUAAGAGAUUUAAAAUUCUCAAAGGAAAAAUCAGAGUUAUUGGCGUCAAGAUUGCAAGAACGAAAUUUAUUAAAAUCACAAGUAAAAGUUACAUUUUACAGAAGUCGUCAGAAAAUUAUGCUCAAUAUUAUAUAAAAAAAACAAUGUUUGUUAUUGUAACGAAAUUUACGGUUUGUUUAAAGAAUUUGGUGAGCCAUAUGAUCCAACCGAAUGGCGUUUGUUUAUUGAUAGCAAUAAACUAAGUUUGAAAGCAGUUUUACUGCACCAAGGAAACAUCAAACCUUCAAUUCCAUAAGCGCAUGCUGUAAAUAUGAAAGAAUCGUAUGAAUCAAUGGAUAUAUU